CUACAGGAGUACAGUCGGGUGUUUAGUGUUUACUUUUGGACAACUAACGUUAGGCUAUACUAACGCUAGCUUCCCCUGACAUCAGAUACUGGUCACACUAGCUAGUUUAACAUUCAUUUUUCAUAGACAUGUUUAGUUUUUUGAAUUAGUAAUCCCGGAAGUAACGAUACGAAUAAUUUAGCGUUGUGUACUUAUGGGGUAGCUCAACUUCACUGGCGUUAUCAUAUCAUUUUUGCGAAACUGGAAUAACGUUAGCCUAUGUUAGAUGUGACAUAACCGUAUACAUUGAGAUAACGGGAUUCUAGUCCACAUCGGAAAGAAAAAGAUAACGUUAUGUACUUUAAGUCGCGUUUAAACAAGAAACGUUCAUACUUAAGUUGUGUUGUUAUUGCCAAUGGAAAGCUUAUCGAUGGUCAGGCUUCGUCUGACCCUAAAGCAAAGAUAUUUUCUCCUGCUGUGUUUUGCCGUCGGAGCGAUCAUUGCCUAUCAGUUUACAAGGAAUCGCCUUGAAGUAGAAAGAAUGAGCCGUGUGGAGGGUCUGAGGGCCAACUCGUCUCAGUUCACUCUGGAGAGAAAACCCUUCCACAUCCUGGGGGGGUCCAUCCAUUACUUCCGUGUCCCCAGAGCCUACUGGGAGGACCGGCUGCUAAAGAUGAAGGCCUGUGGCCUCAAUACUCUCACAACGUAUGUGCCGUGGAACCUGCAUGAGCCUGAGCGAGGGGUGUUCAACUUUGAGGAUCAGUUGGAUUUAGAAGCCUACCUCCGCCUUGCAGCCAGCUUGGGCCUCUGGGUGAUUCUACGUCCAGGGCCGUACAUCUGUGCUGAGUGGGAUUUAGGGGGACUACCCAGUUGGCUGCUACGGGAUCAAAACAUGAAACUAAGAACAACCUACCCAGGAUUCACUGCUGCAGUCAACUCCUUCUUUAAUCAACUCAUGAAGAAAGUUGUUCCACAUCAGUACUCCAAGGGUGGCCCAAUUAUAGCAGUUCAAGUGGAGAAUGAAUAUGGCUCCUUUGCUAAAGAUGAAGAUUACAUGCCUUUCAUCAAGGAGGCAUUAUUGUCAAGGGGCAUCACAGAGCUGCUGCUGACCUCAGACAACAGGGAAGGACUAAAGCGUGGCGGAGUGAAAGGAGCACUAGAAACCAUCAAUUUCCAGAAACUCAACCCGAAUGACAUCAAGUGUCUGGAUGGAAUACAACCUAACAAGCCUAAGCUGGUGAUGGGGUUGAAUAGUGUGAAACCAUUGGCAGGACUGCGUAUCAUGUCACCCACUUACGGUGGUGGAAAGAUUCAGAUCCUUAAAGGUGCUGUAGACAUGAUACCUGUGGUCACAGAGAUCCUUAAACUGGACAUGUCUAUCAACCUCUACAUGUUCCACGGAGGGACAAAUUUUGGCUUCAUGAGUGGAGCGUUUGCUGUUGGAAUGCCAGCACCUAGACCUAUGGUCACAAGCUACGAUUACGAUGCUCCAUUAUCCGAGGCUGGGGAUUACACCACCAAGUACCAUCUUCUGAGGAAUUUAUUCAGCCACUACCACGCCCAGCCUCUACCUGAACUGCCCUCUCAUCAGGAAAGGAGAGCGUACCAGCCUAUUGUCAUCCACCAGCACCUGUCUCUGUGGGACAGUCUGCAUUUCACUGACAAGCCAUUGAAGUCAGAGAGGCCGAUGAACAUGGAGAAUCUCCCUGUCAACAAUAACAAUGGUCAGUCUUAUGGCUAUACACUGUAUGAGACCACCAUGACCAGCAAAGGAACCCUCAACUCAAAGAACAACAUCAGAGACCGAGCACUGGUUUUUGUGGACAAACAUUUUGUUGGUGUUCUGGAUUAUGAGACGCAAGAACUUCCACUCCCUGAUGGGAAGGGAAAAAGAACUCUAAGUUUACUGGUUGAGAACUGUGGAAGAGUGAAUUAUGGGAAAACCCUGGAUGACCAGCGCAAAGGUCUUGUGGGAGAUAUCGAGUUAAACAAGCGCCCCCUCAGUGACUUCAUUAUUCGCAGUCUGGAUAUGAAGCCAGGCUUUGUAAACAGACUUGAGAGUUCAGGCCACUGGAUGUCUAUGCGUCAGCGGCCCUCCUUCCCAGGGUUUUUCCAGGCCAGACUCUAUGUGAACAGUUUUCCUAAAGACACUUUCAUCAAGCUCCCUGGCUGGAGCAAAGGUGUAGUGUUUAUCAACGGCAAGAAUCUGGGUCGCUACUGGUCCAUCGGUCCUCAGCAAACCCUCUACGUCCCAGGUCCCUGGCUUCACAAGGGGGACAACCAGGUCAUAGUGUUUGAAGAGCAGGAAACAGAUGGGAAGAUUCAGUUUGCCAGCAGUCCGGACUAUGGCAUGACAGUUGAUGUCCAGUGAGGACACGAGGCGAGAGGGGAGCGUGGAUGAAGAGAGGAGGAUGAUGGGAGAGUAGCUGGGGAGAACACAAUUGAGGCGAUUGCCCCAAGCUUUGUAUACUCAGGCACUGACACCCCCAGAAGUGGCACAUGUCAGUCAGUGAACAUGUUAUUUUGUGUCCUAUCAGAAGACACCAACACAGCAGUGUUACAGACCACUUUUUCAUUUAGUGACUGUAUUUAUGAAAUUCUUUAAAUUCUUUUUGUUCAAUUUAGUAACAUUAUCAUUAACCUGCAUUAAAACUUCAUAAUUGGAGACCAUUGGACUUUGUUUGAUUAUAAUAAAAUGUUGUAAAAUAUCUUCCUCCCACAGUAUUCAUUUUUAAAUUGCAGGCUGUGUUAAAAGAACUGUAAAUAAAGGCGGGUUCAACCUCUGUGUCAUUAA